AUGCGCUUCAAGACGGAGUUAAAAAAUAUCCGUACCUUCUCCAAGUUUACUGCCGCUCUCAGCUCACUGGAGAAAAUCGCCUGGGUGCGACUCGACGAUGACACGGCACGCUUCACCGUUAUUCCCGACACCGGGUCUCAAGUCUGGUCAACCCUGCCCAUGGACUUCAUCUUUGACAGCUACCACAUUCAGUCCGCGGAGGAGCACAACACCAUCAACCUAGAGCUGCCACUGGCACUGCUCCAGCGCGCGCUGAGGUCCGCUCUUAACAGCACGUCGGCCUCACUGCGCUUAACUAAGAAGGAUGGCGUUCCCGUGCUGUCGAUGACCAUCACCACAACGACAAGUACUUCCGGGGCAGGCCGCAGUGCAGCGUACGCGGGGCUCGAGAAUGACCCCUUUGACGACGAUGAGGGCUUCAUGCCGGAGCACUUGACGUCUUUGCGCCAUGAGAGGGAGAAGAUCAUCACCCAGGACAUCCCCGUGCGCGUCCUGCACCCGGAGACGGUCGAGACCAUCAUGCAGCCCACGGUGCGCGAGACGGAUGUUCACAUCACGAUGCCGCCUCUGCUCCAGCUCAAAGCCAUCUCUGACAGGUUUACGAAGCUGGCCAUGUCGUCAGGCACCUCCCGCGCGGGGCCCAAGCUGGAGCUGAGCGCCAACAUGUUUGGAAGCCUGCGGUUGCGAAUUGUUACUGAGAGCGUAAAUGUGUCUACGACGUGGAGCGGUCUGGUAAAUCCGGAGCUGGACGCUGCGCAGAUCGAUAUGCCCCUUGAAGAGCACCCCAGUGUCAAGUUCAAGGAAGCGGGCCCAGAUAAGUGGGCGACUGUGAGAGUAGACGGCAAGGAUUGGAGCAGAGUGUUGAGUGUGGGUAGACUUGAAGGGAGAGUUGUUGCUGCUUUUGCGGAUGAGCACGCUCUCAUUCUUUACGUCUACGUACCGCAGUAUGACGAUGCGGGCGCGGAUGAGGCGGUCCUCACGUACUAUGUCGGAUCGUUCAGCUUGUAA